UAAACCAUGCACUCAUGCAAUAGCUCUGUUUGGGAAACUAAAAGAACUUAACAUUGAGAACUUUGUAGAUGACUACUAUUCCGUAGAGAGGUUCAAAGCAGCUUAUCAGUUUGUGGUCACUCCAAUGGGUGACAAGAGUCAUUGGCCAAAAUUUGACCUGGGGUUUAAAAUGAUUCCUCCAAAGUUGGAAAGGCCUCCUGGUAGACCAAGGAAGAAAAGAAUAAAGGCUAGUGGAGAGGCAGGGAAAAGAGGCCCAUAUCAAUGCAAAAAGUGCUUUCAGUUUGGACACAUAGAAAAAGGUUGCAAUGCUACUCAAGCUGAAAAGAGCUUCCGCCACCGCUUGAAUGCUGAGCCAUCCCAAAAUGCCGCUGAUCCAAAAGUGAUGUCCAGUCCAGGUGUAACAACAAGAAGCAUGUCUUCUCUUUCUCCAACCAGCCCAGGUCCUACAACAAGAAGGAUGGCAUCCAUCUCCCCUGGAGGAAUUAAUCGAAUGCUCAUUAUUAGCUAGAUUUAUUAGCUGCCAUUCUCUAUUUUGUGAGUGAAUUACCUGUCAUUCUCUAUUUUGUGAGUGAGCAUGGCCGUGCAAGUGGGGGGCUUUUGUGCAACUCUAUGUGGUAUAGCUAUUUUGCCGCUAUGCAACACUAUGCCAGAUUGUGGUACUUCUAUCGUGAUCUUGUCAUAACUUGUUUUUUGAUGCAGU